AUGGCGCCGCCUGCGGCCAAGGCCACGCGCGUCGCAGCGCUGCCGAGCCAGCGCCAGCCGGGCUCGUCCGCGCUCCCGCUCCUCAACCCGGACGCCGUGCUCCCGAGCCGGCCUGCGGCUGGCCAGCCCGUGCCCGACGCGCCCGAGUGCCCGCCGGUAGCUGUGGUUGGCGCGAUCCGAGAGCGGACGCUCGACGUCGGCGCGCCCAGCCGCCGGCUCGCCUCCGAGCGCGGCUUCCCGCAGGCUCGCCACCGCGACAGCAUCACAGAGGAGCUGCGCAAUCAGCUGCGCGGCCGGCCGGUCGUGAGAGGUUCGUGUUGCGGCGCUGUCGCGCCGCCAACACCCGCCGCCGGUGCGCGCACGCCGUCGGCGCUCGACCGUGAGCUGAUCGCGUCUGGCGUCGGCGCGGAGAAUGCCGGCCGGCUUGCAGAGAUGAGCGGCGCAGAGAUCGCAGAGGCGCGGCAAAAGCUGGUCGAGACGCUCGAUCCGGACCUGCUGCGGAAGCUGCGGCGCGGCCGCGGGGAAGGCGUAGCCGAUCCAGCCCGCCCAGCCGCCAGCGCGGCCGCCGGUACGAGCGCGCCUCCGCCGCCGCCCAGCGCGCCGCCGGCACGAGCGUCGCCUGGCGUCGACGCGGCUGGCGGCGAGGGUGGCGGCGAGGGUGGCGGCGAGGGUGGCAGCGAGGGUGGCGGCGAGGUUGGCGCGCGUGCUCCUAGCCUCGAGGAGCUCAAGUUGGAGUGGACGCGCCCCGCCGACGCGCCGCCCCUCCUCGCCGCCGCGGCCUCCGACACCAGGGCGCCGGGCGACGGCGCCCCGCCGGCGCUCGGCGACGGCUUCGGGAGCGGUUCGGUCGAGUCGGCGCUAGAGGCGGCGAUGCGCGCGGCGGGGCUGCACGACGAGCGAUUCGACUUUGGCGGCGCGCUCGUGCGCGGGGAGCGGCCCGUCCACGAGGGCCUGCACCACCAUGGUGCGGCGGCCGAGGCGGCGGGCUACACGCUCGCGGAGCUGGUCCACCUCAGCAGGUCGACCGUGCCGGCGCAGCGCGCGACGGCCCUCCGCGCGCUCGCCCGCGUGUGGAGCGUCCACUCGUCAGGCCGGCUCGCCGCCUCUGUUCGGCGCUGGUCGCGCGACGCGGACGCUGCGGCCUCCGCCGAGCUGCGCGGCGCUGGCGCUGCGGCGGGGGCCGCCGAGACGGCCGAUCUCGAUCCGGGCGCUGAGGCGGGCGGCGACGCGGAGCUCUGCCGGCGCGACCUGCUCGGAGGGUGGCUGAAGAUGGGCCUCGCGGAGCGGCUCCGCUACUUGGCAGAGGUUGCGGACCUGGAGCCGGCGGCGAGGCAGCACGCGCUGACGCUGCUGUGCAUGGCGGCGCGAGGCAGCCCCGCGCGUGCGCUGACCAUCUGCCGCACCCCUCGGCUUCUGCCCCUCGUCGCCUCGAUGCUGCGGUGCGGCGACGCCGACGCCGCUUCGCUCGCGCUCGCGCUCUCCCUAGUGCAGCUGCUGGCGAGCUCGGGCCGCGAGUCUGCGGCCUUCCUGCUCGAGGCGGAGGUGCUGUCGUCGUGCCACGCCCGCUUCCUGUCCGCCACGCGAGCGACCGCCGCGCACGACGCGGUGUCAGACCUUGCCGACGCCCGGCGGCUCGGCGCGGCCGCGGUUGCCGUGUGGCGCUGCCUGGUCGCCUACGGCCUGACCGCGCCCUCGCUCGGCAGCUGGUUCCCUGUCCUCUCCCUCGCCACCCACCCCCGAGGCGGCUGCGGCGAGGGCGAGGAGGCCGCCGCGAGACUCGCGUGCGCCACGCUCGGCCUCGUCGAGACCCUCUGCGGCGCCGGCCACCCCGUCACGCACCCUCCGCCCGGCGAGAGGCCCGGCCGCGCAGCCGCCGGCCGCGGCGUCGACGACAUCUCGACGCAGGUGGCGGAUGCGGUCGCCGCGCUCGGCCCGCCCAGCGCCGGUGCGAGCGGCGCGCCGGCACUCUCCGACGCCGAGGCGCAGUGCUUGGGUGGCAGCUUCGACCCGUCCCCCGCGGAGGAAGGGCGGUGGCGCCACCUCGCCGCCUUCGUCCCGCCGGCGGUCGAGGCGCUGCUCGCGGACGCGGGGGGGGCAGCAGACGCGGGGGGGGCGGGCGGCGCCGCGGGGGCGGAGGUGUCUGCGUCGCGGCUCCACCUCCUCGCCUCGUACUUGCAAGCCAUGCCGCGGCACGCGGCGGCGAGCGCCACGCCACUCACGGGCGCGUGCGAGCUGCCCCUCCUGCCGUGGUGCACCAUCGUCGCCGAGCGGCUGAUGCUGCCGGCGGCGACGCGCGCGACUGCAAAGGCGGCAGGCGGUGGCGGCAGCGACGGAGGCGCAGGGGCGCUGGGCUGGGCGGUGGCGCUGGUGGAGAGGGCGGCCUCCGCCGGCGAGGCGGGAGCAGCGGUGGAGAGUGCGCACUUGCGGACCGCACUCGAGCUGCUGCUGGGCUACGCGCGGCUGUGGUGGCAGCUGACGCGGCAGCACCGCGGCUUGCUGCUGCAGCUGGGCGCGACGGACGCGCACGCGCUGCUGUGGCGACUCGCGGCGCUGCUUCCCGCCGCCAUCGGACCCGCCGGCCGGGAGCCUCUGAAGGCCGGCUCGGGGCAGCGGCUGCGCGCGAGGCACGAGCUCCGUCUCUCCGGCCGGCUGGCGUACUUUCUUUUGAUGCUGCUGGACGGCGUUGAUGGCGGCGGCGUUCCCCCGACCGACGGCGGCCGCGACGCUUCGAGGGGCAGCGCCGCGGCUCGCUCCUUCCUGCAGCUCGCCGCGUGUUCGCUCGGCUGGAUGCGCGCCGGCGACGAGGCGCUGGCGCAAGGCGUCGCGUCGUCUCUUCUGCUCGCGGCGCGCUGGCUGCGCCGAGCCGACCUCGCGUGCACCGACGCCCCCGACGCUCCCGCUCUGCUCGCCUCGUUCCGGCCGGCGCUGCUCUCUCCCCUCCUGCAGCUCCUCCGCCUGCCAAAGACCGCACAGGCCGAGGCGCAGGCGUGCGAGGGUCGAAGGCCGCGCUUCGAGCUUGCUGUCCCUCUGGCCGCGGCCGAGCCGCUCACGGCUGCCUCUGGCUGCGGACUGGAUGCUCACGCCCACGUCUACACGCUCCCCGCGGCGCCUUGGCGCGACGCUGUCGUCGCCGCGUCGCUGAGGGCGCUCUUGGACUCGUGGGCGGCAGAGGGCGGGGAGGCGCGAGCGGCGGACUUUGCGGCAGGGUCGUCGCUUCUCGGCGGCGAGCCGCAGGCGGACGUGAUGUCCCUGGUGACUCGCACGCUCGACCACUUCUCCGCCGAGUCGCUCGGCGACCCCCUCUACACGCAGUGGGCGCUGCUCCCGCUCCGCUCCGCCGAGCCCGCCGCGCUGCAGAUCGAGGCGUGGGGGCAGCUCGAGGCGCUGGCACACAAGCUGUGCGUGGACCCGCCGCCGCCGUCGCGUUUGUGUGCGUGGGCCGCCCAGCCGCAGGCGCCGGCCGCCGACGGGGAUCGGCUGCUCGAGCUGCUCGAGCACUCGCUGCAGCGCGGCAACCUGUCGCGCGCCGAGGGGGCAGACACGUCUUUCCUCCUCCGCUGGGCUCUCCACCACCUCGCCGCAGCCGCAGAGGGCGGCCGCGCGCCGCUUCUCGCCGCGCGGGUCGCCGAGUGGCCCGAGGCUUGGCGGCGAGUGGCGGCGGCGGGACUGGAGUGA